AUGGCGCCACAGAAGCGCAAGGCCGAUGUUCUCCAAGACAAAGAAGAUGGUGACACCACAACUCAUCGCAACCUCCGAUCUCGCGGCAUAUUGGCAUAUUUUGCCCCUGUUGCUGCACAGCCUGAUCAGCCUGAUGUGGAGAUGGAAGUCGUCCAGGCACGGCAUCAUGAAGUGGGCAGAAAUGGGCCAAAUGUGGGCUUUCUGACUCUCAAAGUGAAGAAAGGGUAUAAAAUCCCAGAAGAGGAAAAUAGCGAAAAUGGGCGCAAUGUCGGUUUCUUGACGCUCAAAUUGAGCCCAGGGUACAACUAUACGAAGGCCAAGAAGUGGAAGCCAAAACCACACCUGAAGCAGAAGCCGAAAGAGCCCGUAUACAAAAAGCCGAAGCUGCCGAAGCGGAAAACAAAACAUACCAAUAAGUAUCGCUUCGAAUUUGGAGAGGAUCGUCUUUAUGACCAUCCAAAACCCACAUCUUCAGACCUUGCCAUUGUGGCCGAAAUCCUCAGAAAGGAGCGUACGGCUUUGAAAUCGGCGGCACAGUCAAUGGGAACGUCCUCGUCACCUGGAAUACAUGCAGGCAACAAGAUCUCCAUUGACUCCAUUGUUCGUGUGAUCCUCUCGCAGUCCUGCACAAACGAAGCAGCAUUGGACGCACAGCAGACAUUGAUGAGGGCAUACCCAUACAACGUGGGUGGCAUUGCCGUGGCUGGGAGGAUACCAAACUACCACGCCAUGAGAGUUCAAAGCCCGGAGAAGCUGACCGCGGUGCUCACAAAGACUGGACUUCAGAAACUGAAGGGAGGAAGCAUCAAGCGUAUACUUGAUGCAGUAUAUGAAAUCAAUGUCGCGCGGUUGCAGCCUGGAGAGGUCGUAUAUGACGGCAAUGAACCCGGAGUUGCGGAAUUUGUGCCUGGACUACUCUCAAUGGAGUAUGUUUAUGAGGCACUCGCACAAGGAGGCAAACAAGCCGUCUUUGACUGUCUCGUCAAGCUUACACAGAUUGGCAUCAAAUCGGCUUGCUGCCUGAUGGGUUUCAACAUGAAUCUCCCAGUUUUUGCGGUGGAUACACAUGUCGCGGGCAUGGCAAAGCUUCUUGGUUAG